AUGACACCUAUCAAGUUUGAAGAUAUUCCGGAUGAAUGCAUUGGAGAGAUCAUUGAGCCGCUAAUGUAUGAGGACACGCUCUCCAGCCUCAAGUCGCUGUCCUUGACAAACCACCGGCUGCGUGCCAUUUCCAUGCACUACCUGCUGCGACGUAUUUCACUACGCCUGCCUUGUGCGAUCGUGGAAUUCCAUCGCCAGAUAGCUAGCCGCAUAUGGCUUCUGUGGCGAUAUGAUGCCUUCUCCUCUGUUCGCCGCCUCGUCGCUGGCCCGUGGUAUGCCCACUGGAACGGACUUCUCGAUAUCUCAAAACCGGAGCCUGAGGACAAAGGCAAGGCUAUACAGUUUGACUUGGCUAAGCUGAACUCCUUUUACGGGUCAGCAGAAAAGAACGUUUUUCAAAAUGGCGAGCUUCAAGUAGAGUUCAAUCAAGACUGCGCCAAUAGAAUCCUGAUCGAGCUCUUAAACACACUAUCAGGACUCAGUUAUUUUGUAUCCCCGGGAAAAAUGCCUGCUGCAUUGCUCCAGGCAUUAGAGUUGAAGCACCCAAAGUGCCGGCUUCAUAUCUACGAUUUUCGCAACGACAGUGCAGUGGAUAUAGACUUGGUCACUUCGCCAUGCCUCUACAGGAUUGGUUGCACUUAUUCCGACGCUUCUGGGGCCGGCCGACCUAAAUGUGAUUUGAGAAGCCGCGUAAUGGCAAUCAUCGCCGGCAUGGCACCCUCGUUGCAAGUAGUUAGUAUGGUCAACCAGAGGGUCAACGAGCCGUUGUUCUCAUCCGAGGAAGCCGAAAACGCACACUGGGAAAGCCAAGAAGUGCCAUUUGCACCGCAUCACAUGUUCACGGAACAAGCGUUCCCACGAAGGUUGGGGCAGCUAAAAAGACUAUAUCUGAAGGGCCACUGUCGAUACCCGAUUCGACUUGACCAAUGGGCCAACACGACCGAUUUCACCCUCCUAGAGUCAUUAGCGCUCGAAAUCAAUUUCAGCAAGCCGGAUCUCGACUCCCUUCAGGUGCACGGCAUUUUCCCUUGCCUCAAAACGAUGAAUCUGCGGUUAUAUCGUGAGUAUGAGGGGCUUCAUGAACUCGAGGACGAGUACCGGCAUCAGCUCAUCAAGAUCCUCUCCAACCUGCCACCUUUGCAAUCACUCAAGCUGACUGGGUAUAUUUGGCCAGAGAUACUAGCCCGAGCACUCCUUGUGCAUGGUCAGUCUCUGGAAACAUUGGCGUUGUUCCCCGUCUCUUCGGAGCGUCGACACGAAUCUGGCGAGUUGCUCGACAGGCAUUUCAGAGAGUACGAAUCUUUGGUAACAGAAGAAAUUCUGGAUAUACUGAGCCAGUGCCCUUUACUUGAUGAACUGAGUAUACCAGUAGAGAGAACAUACGACAACGCUGGUGAUCCCGCCAUUUACGAGGCGAUGGGCGCGCUCAAACACCUGAGAUCUGCAACGCUAUUCCUGGACUGCUUCGCGAUAACACUUGACGAUCGAGAUUUAUAUGAGGAGCCAGAUUUACUGGCAGACGAUGAGCGCAGCGACGCAGUCGAUGGCAUGCGGAAAGCCUUGUGGGCUUGCGCGUUGGACGAACAUCUCGCCUGGGAUAUUCUCUAUACAAUAACUGGAGGUCGAGACAAGCAUGUUCUUCAAGAGCUGCGCAUUCUGUCCUCUGCAAACGCGAAAGAAGCAAGUGAUUUGUACGGCACCGAGAUGGGCACCAUAAUUCACAAUCUAGCAGAGGAUUAUACCUUUACAAAGGAACCAGACGGCACCAUGGUGGGACGCUGUGAGUGGGUGGACGACGCGGAGCGUACCUCUGGAGAUAAGACGUUCAGGCUCGAGGAAGCGUAA